AUGGCGGACUGGGGCCCGGUGAUCGUGGCGACGGUGCUCUUCGUGCUGCUCACGCCGGGGCUGCUGUGCACGCUGCCGGGGCGCGGCCGGGUGGCGGAGUUCGGGAGCAUGCACACCAGCGGCCUCUCCAUCCUCAUCCACGCCGUCCUCUACUUCGCGCUCGUCACCAUCUUCCUCAUCGCCAUCGGCGUCCACGUCUACGCUGGCUAGGCGCCUAGCGCACCCACCAACACCAGCAUCGAUCCACUGAUUCCAGCUCUUCCCCCACUUGGAUCUAGCGCUAAGAUCUGGCUGAUUGUUGGGCUAUGUACGGUCUUUGCUUGUGAACUUUCAGUAACCGGGCUGUAAAGAUCCGAGAUGCUGCA